AUGACGCUUCGCAGUCGCCUGCCGGAACCGUUGAUAUCAGACAAGCCGAUCUAUGAGAGAGUCCUACGGAGUCUGAGCGACGUCGACCCUCGAGCAAUCGCGUUGCUUUGCUCCGAAACCGGAAAGACGUACACCGUGGCUGAGACAGUCGGUGCCGCAACCGCCGUCGCAACCAUCCUUCAUGAGGCGGGAUUGCGCAAAUCGGAGGUCGUCGCCUACUGUAUGCGUAACUGCCCUCAGGCAGUUUUCGCAGUGUUGGGAAGUUGGAUGUGCGGCGCCAUAGCAUGUGGCGUAAAUCCGGACUACACGAAACGUACAAUCUUAUUAUGA